UGCAGGGCUACGGGUCCCCACUCAUCCGUCUGCUCAGCUCAGCGCACCAUGUGUCACUCUCGCAGCUCCCUCCCGACCAUGACCGUCCUGCGGGCCCCGACCCCGGUCCCCUCCACCAGCCCGGGACCCCGGAGGGGCUCCGGUCCUGAGAUCUUCACCUUCGACCCUCUCCCAGAGCCCGCGGUGGCACCCGCUGCGCGCCCCAGCGCCUCCCGCGGGCACCGAAAGCGCAGCCGUAGGGUCCUGUACCCACGAGUGGUCCGGCGCCAGCUGCCAGUCGAGGAUCCGAACCCUGCCAAAAGGCUGCUCUUUCUCCUGCUCACCAUCAUCUUCUGCCAGAUCCUGACGGCUGAAGAGAGUGUGUCGACACCCCUGGCCCAGGAGGACACCCCCAGCGCCCCGUCCCCCGCACCCACAGCUGCGCCCCCGGUCGAGCCCCUUAAUCUGACCUCGGAGCCCUCAGACUACGCUUUGGACCUCAGCACUUUUCUCCAGCAACACCCGGCCGCCUUCUAAUUGGGGCUCUUCGUACUCCCAAAAGAAUUCGAAGAACCAAAGAAACACUGCGCGUACCUGGUGCGCGAGAGCGUAUCCCAAACUGGGACUCCCGAGGCAACUCACACUCAGAACACUACAGCGGUGACGCCAGCCCGAGCCUGGGAGAGACAGGCACCGACACGCCGGGGCUAGGCCAGAUCGUGAAAGAGCGUCGUUAAUUUAUUUCUCAUUGCUCCUAAUAAUAUUUAUAUGUAUUUAUGUAUGUCCCCCAGGUGAUGGAGGGGUGUAUGUAAUAUUUAUUUUAACUUAUGCAGGGGUGCGAGAUGUGCCCCCUGCUGCAAGUGCAGAUCUCUGGGUAUUUAUAGAGUUCUGUGGGAUUGGUGGAGGCUGGCCCCAGAACGGAGCGAAGCAGGGAAGAGGGAUGAACAGGACCCGGGUCCGGGAGGGCGCCGGGGCUGGAAAUCAAGAAUGGUGGUGGGUGGUGGGUUUAGCGGGUGACACUCGGUCCUCCAGCAUCUCAACUCGCGAGUCUACUGUGCGACGCUUCGGCGGACCGCUGGGAAUAAGGUCCUUGGCCUUCGAUCUCGGAGUUGCCCCCAAGGGGUGGCUGAGGGAUCGGUGGGCUGUUAGGGCGGCUGUGGGGUCGCCCAGUAUGUUCUGUGAACACAAAUAAACUUGAUUAACUGUCA